AUGGAGUGCCUUAAGAAUAGCUUUGUCGAAGGGCAGCUUUUGGAUGGGCGAUUUCGCACCGUGUCUCCCUUGAACCAUGGAUCGUUUGGCAUGGUCUUCCUUGCGAAUGAUCUCAAGACCGGCCAAGAUGUCGCCAUCAAGUGCCUGGUCAAGAACUCGGGUGAUGGUUCGAUUCAGUCUUCCACCGAUGCUCGUUUUGAAGAGCUAAACUUCCAUCGUCGCCUCGCUUAUCAUCCCAACAUCGUCAACCUCAUUCAUUACUUCGAGACCGAUGCACACAUGUACCUCGUCUUGGAGUACUGUGCGAAUGGUGAUCUAUACGAGGCGAUUAGACUGAACCGUGGUCCCCUUGAGACCGAGCACGUGCGGGACUUUAUGCUGCAACUCGUGAGUGCUGUGGAAUUUAUGCACGACAAUGGCCUGUACCACCGCGAUAUUAAGCCAGAGAACAUCUUCUUGACCCAGGAUGGAAUCAUGAAGCUUGGGGACUUGGGCUUGGUUACCCGUGAGGCGUGGUCCUAUGAGGCCUGUGUGGGGAGCGAUCGCUACAUGGCCCCAGAGCAAUAUGAUCCUGCUAACACCGGGUAUUCCCCGGCCAAGGCUGAUAUCUGGGCGAUCGGAAUCUGCCUGCUUAAUGUUCUUUUUGCACGAAACCCUUUCGCAACGCCGACCGAAUCUGAUGUCUUGUUCGCCGAUUACGUUCGGGAUCGACAGUCUCUGUUCGACAUUUUCACCAACAUGUCCCAGGAUACCUUCGAGAUACUCAGAAUUGCGUUGGCUAUCGACCCCGAAAGACGUUCGCUCUCUGCUGUUCGUGAGGCCAUCCUGCGCUCGGUUUCGUUCACCACGGACGACGAGGAGUUGGAUGAGUUCUGCACCGAUGACCGCGAAGUGGUGCCGGCAAGUGCCAACCGUGAACCCCUCCGGACGCCUUCUAUCCAGAGUCCGCAUAUCAACCAGGGUGAUUCUUUCCCAUGGGCCAAGGCACUUCAGUCCAGCCCACCUCAGAAUAUUCGACAGUUGUCUGCUAUCCCCGACGACGAGAGCUAUUCGGAGGAUCUGUUCCCUCCUUCCGAGACUGCGGGUACUUCGUGGUUCUCUGUUCACCAAGGCACUCCAUCAAUGGCAUCUGUUCUCGAAUCUGCUCUUGGCGACUCUUUUCGGUCAUCCGCCUUUCGGAAGCCCGAGGCCCGGUUCCCCCCUCCAUCAGACCCUGUCCCAAUUACUGGGUCUCUUCCGAGUCUUGUGACCAAGCCUCUCCCCUCCUUGUCCAUGGUCUUCGGCCGGAACAAAGAAUCCCAAAUUUCCAAAAGCUGGAGUGACCUCUGGGACGAGGAGGAAGAGUCCGAAGGUGAGGACUGUGCGUUGCAGGAACGACGUGAGCAGAACUCCCGUAGCUGGAGCCAUGAAAGCAACAACCCGGAUUUCUCCCGCCCUCUGUCUGAUCUCGGCGAUGGCCAUCAGUCUCCAAUCCUGAAUAUUGGCGUGGAGAACGCUGCCGCUCCUGCAAUUGAAUCGGACGAAACAAUUGAGAAGUCGGUAGAUGCUAGACCUGAAGCUACUGCCUUGGCGACGCCUCCCCGUUCUCCCAACGGUUCUCCGAAGAAGUCCAACCUUGACAAGUGGGCCGCCUUGGGUGAUAAACGACGAAACUACAAGUCUCCUGCGGUCCCCUUUGGACAGAAGACCACCAAGAACAGCAUGGCCUGGCGGAAAGAUUGGGGUCUUGGAUCCUCCGGCUUCGACUACGGUUUGUGGGCUAAGAAGGAUGCUACGCCUACCCAAGGUCGCCGUCGCCGCCCAUUCCUGGAGAAAGGCUGGCGUCGAGACGCCGUGGAGUCACCGAAGCCCAUCAAUUCCAGCCCUCUUGGCAGUUACGAUGGCAGCGUCGACGAGGAUCUCGACCUCGUCGGUGGCUGGCAUGACCUGCACCUCUAA